CCACUUUGGUGCCACCGAAGAAGCCUUUGAACCAUGUGGACUUUUCUCGGCAUUGCCACCUUCACCUAUUUUUAUAAGAAAUGCGGGGACUUUGUCACUUUGGCCAACAAGGAGCUCCUCUUGUGCGUGCUGGUGUUCCUGUCGCUGGGCCUGGUGCUCUCCUACCGCUGCCGCCACCGCAGCGGGGGCCUCGUUGGGCGCCGGCAGAGCAGCUCCCAGUUCGCGGUCUUCUCGAAUAUUCUCUCCGCUUUGCCUCUUAUUGGCUUCUUCUGGGCCAAGUCUCCUCCUGGCUCAGAGAAGAAAGAGCAGCUGGAGUCCAGGAGGCACAGAAAAGGAACCAGUAUUUCCGAAACAACCUUAAUAGGAGCAGCUACCUCUACAUCCACAUCUUGUCAAAAUGAUCCAGAAGUUAUUAUCGUGGGAUCUGGUAUACUUGGCUCUGCAUUGGCAGCAGUGCUUUCCAGAGAUGGAAGAAAGGUGACAGUAAUUGAGAGAGAUUUAAAAGAGCCUGACAGAAUAGUUGGAGAAUUUCUGCAGCCAGGUGGUUAUCAUGUUCUCAAAGACCUUGGUCUUGGAGAUACAGUGGAGGGUCUUGAUGCACAGGUUGUACAUGGCUACAUAGUUCAUGAUCAGGAAAGCAAAUCGGAGGUUCAGAUUCCUUACCCUCUGUCAGAAAAUAGUCAAGUGCAGAGUGGAAGAGCUUUCCAUCAUGGAAGAUUUAUCAUGAGUCUCCGGAAAGCAGCUAUGGCAGAGCCCAACACAAAAUUUAUUGAAGGCAUUGUGCUACAGUUAUUAGAGGAAGAUGACGUUGUGAUGGGUGUUCAGUACAAGGAUAAAGAGACUGGAGAUAUCAAGGAACUCCAUGCUCCAUUGACAGUUGUUGCAGAUGGGCUUUUCUCCAAGUUCAGGAAAAACUUGGUCUCCAAUAAAGUUUCUGUUUCAUCUCAUUUUGUUGGCUUUCUUAUGAAGAAUGCACCACAGUUUAAAGCAAAUCACGCAGAACUUAUUUUAGUUAAUCCGAGUCCAGUUCUCAUCUACCAGAUUUCAUCUACAGAAACUAGAGUGCUUGUUGACAUUAGAGGAGAAAUGCCAAGGAACUUAAGAGAAUACAUGACUGAAAAAGUUUACCCACAAAUACCUGACCACCUGAAAGAAUCAUUCCUGGAAGCCAUUCAGAAUUCUCGUUUGAGGUCUAUGCCAGCAAGCUUCCUUCCUCCUUCACCAGUAAACAAACGAGGUGUGCUUAUUUUGGGAGAUGCAUAUAACAUGAGGCAUCCUCUUACGGGCGGAGGAAUGACUGUUGCUUUUAAAGAUAUAAAAAUAUGGAGAAAACUGCUCAAGGGUAUCCCUGACCUUUAUGAUGAUGCAGCUGUCUUCCAGGCCAAAAAGUCAUUUUAUUGGACAAGAAAAAGGUCUCAUUCCUUUGUUGUGAAUGUCCUUGCUCAGGCACUUUAUGAAUUAUUUUCUGCCACAGAUGAUUCCCUUCAUCAGCUAAGAAAAGCCUGUUUUCUUUACUUCAAACUUGGUGGAGAAUGUGUUGCCGGUCCUGUUGGGCUGCUUUCUGUAUUGUCUCCUAACCCUCUAGUUUUAAUUGGACACUUCUUUGCUGUUGCAUUGUAUGCCACAUAUUGUUGCUUUAAAUCAGAACCUUGGAUUACAAAACCUCGAGCCUUUCUCAGUAGUGGUGCUGUACUGUACAAAGCGUGUGCUGUAAUAUUUCCUCUGAUUUACUCAGAAAUGAAGUUUGUGGCUUAUUAAGCUGAAAAGGGAACCAUCUGGAACUCAACAAGUCCUAAGAGACUUCUGGAAGCGGAUGUACAGAGCAUGGUACUCUACUACUUCUCAAGUGGAAACUCUUGGACCAAGUUUGAGAUCAGUUUGUUUUUUUGAAGUUUUUUGUAUAUAAGCAUGUACAUAUGCCUAAAUUUGCAAUUUUAAAUGAAGGGUCAAAUAAGUUAGAUAUUUAAAAGAAAUGAUUGUUACCAUAAAUUAGUGCUAACAGAAGAACUGCAGUUUUUCUUUGGAUUUCAGUAUUUGGGAUGCGUCGUUGGUACAUACAAAUAAAAGAGUGACCUCUCGUGA